AUGCCAAACAGUGUAACAGCACUUUUGUGGAGCAGAACUGAUAGUGACGUGAGACCCAAUGAUCACAAACGUAAUCCUGAUAAUUUAUGCAGCCGACGCAAUUUGCACGGAAUGAGAAAGUACGCCCGCGCUGUGCAAUCCUUCCACCUCACUGCACCCUUUUUGGAAGUGGAGCAACAAGAGGAACAACAAAGUGAAAACGACGGUAAAGUGUUGCGUCUACAUGUAAACGCUCUUUCCAGCAAAAUCGAAAAAGAAAACCUGUUGAAAACUGCGAUAACAAUAACAGAAAUAGGCAAGAGGAAGAGAAAUUCUAGCAUCAGCGGCACCCACUGA